CAUACCAGCAGGAGAUGAGAGGGGCAAAAUGGUGUACUGCAUUGACCAUGCCACCAAGCGUCCCUUCUUCUCCUGCUCCCGUGUCGGAGGAAACAGGGGGCCCAUUAAGAGCGCCACUUCAUAUGACAAUCAGACAGACUUCACCCUUGAAUUUGAGUCACGCUUUGAGAGUGGAAACCUCCAGAACGCGGUGCAAGUGGGAGUCUAUGACUAUGAGCUCACCCUGCGCACAGACUUGUACACCAGGAAGCACACGCAGUGGUUUUACUUCAGGGUCAGGAACAUGAAGGCUGGAGUGCCAUACCGCUUCACUAUCGUCAACUUGAUGAAGAGCAGCAGCCUGUAUGUUCAGGGUAUGAGACCACUCCUCUACUCAGAGAGGGCCGCCGAAGAGAAAGGUGUUGGAUGGCAACGCACCGGCGCCAAUAUCAGAUACUACCGCAACUGCCAGCAGAAUACAAAGGACAACAACAGCGACACGCCCCCCCUGUUCUCACUCACCUGGACUCUCCAGUUCCCUUCUGACUCUGACACCUGCUACCUGGCCCACUGCUACCCCUACACCUACUCCCACCUGCAGCGCUACCUGAGGCGCGUCUCUUCCAACCCAGCCGUCGCGUCAUACUGUUCACUGAGGGUGCUGUGCCACAGCCUCGCUGGGAAUGCUGUGUAUGUGGUGACGAUAACGUCCCGGGCGGGCAGCAGGGUGGAGGGUAGGACUAAGAAGGCCGUGGUGGUGACGGCCCGAGUGCACCCUGGAGAAACCAACGGCUCCUGGAUGAUGGAGGGGUUCCUAGACUUCUUGCUCGGGGACUCAGAGGAUGCUCAGCUACUCAGGGACACAUUUGUUUUUAAAGUGGUGCCGAUGCUGAACCCAGAUGGUGUGAUCGUGGGUAAUUACCGCUGCUCUCUGGCAGGCAGGGACCUGAACAGAAACUACAAGACACUGCUCAGGGACUCCUUCCCCUGUGUGUGGCACACCCUAAACAUGGUGGAAAGGCUGAUGGCUGAGACGGAUGUCGUUCUUUACUGUGACUUUCAUGGACACAACCGUAAAAACAAUGUCUUUAUGUACGGAUGUAACAACCGAGGUGACGCCUCGCUGAAGCUUCAUGAGAGACUCUUCCCACUGAUGAUGAGCAAGAAUGCCGGUGAUAAGUUCUCUUUUAAGAGUUGUAAGUUUCGGGUUCAGAAGAGCAAAGAGGGAACCGGACGAAUCGCCAUGUGGAGACUCGGCAUCAAAAACAGCUACACCAUGGAGGCCACCUUCGGAGGCUCCACUCUGGGCGACAGGAGAGGAACACAUUUUACUACUCAAGACCUGAAGUCCCUCGGCUUCUACUUUUGUGACACCCUGCUGGACUACUGUGACCCGGAUCCAACAAAGAUCACUUACUGUCUGUCAGAGCUGGCAGUGUUGUUUAGGAAGCAGCUCAGCAAGAGGCUGGGCAAAGAUCUGGGCACUGAAUGUAACUUUUCUGUGUCUGACCUGGAAAGCAGCACCAGUGGUUCAAAUAGUUCUGAUUCCGACGGACUCCCAGCUCAUUUGAUGAACGAUACAGAGCAGACUCCAGUGAAGAAGAAAAAUAAACGCUUGAGGAGUUGUAAAGAGAGGAACAGGCUGCGACCAGAGGAAGGGAGGAGUAAAGAACAGCCCAAAGUUCUGCAACGCAGCACAACCAAUAUUGGUUCCAACCUGUCACAAGAGGGCACUGUUAAAAAGGAGAGGCCUGUUGGAAGACACAGGAAAACAUGGCAGGUGAAUGGCCUGAUAAAGAAAGCUGUGAUCCCGUCUCACUCCACCCACCCAGGGGAGGUCAGUCAUGUGACUCUGUGGCAGGGCAGCGAGCCUGUCAAGGAGUGUGGAAACAUGACAUCUGCAUACUUGAGCGUAAAAGAAUGUCCACAUCUCAGCACAUACAGAACUGUGGCCACUAACGCAGGACAGUGGAGAUGCUCCUCUCAGCUGCUGCACCUGAGUGCCGUCCUUCCUCAGUCUCCAAAUUUCCUGCCUCCCAACAACCGACAGAAUCGCUGCCCCCGACAAUCCUUGGUCCCCUAUAAUGUCUACAGAGGUUUGCCACCUUCCCUUACAGCGCCCGACAGGGCUUCCAUGUACCUCAAGAUGGUUCCAGACAUUGUUCCAACCAAACGCUUGCUGUCAAAUUUCCCAGGUGACACUCUGCAUGCUUUCCGAGACAGAAACUCAGAAAGUUCCUUUGUGCCUGAGGAUUCCUUCCUCUCACACGCAGACACAACACACACCAAGCGGCAGAGCGAGGAAGAAGAAGAAGAUUCCCCAGAAGUAGGUUUCUCACUGAUGAGAUGUUUACCCCUGGGAGAACGGAAGCAGAGAGAAACUGAAUCGUGCAGCAGAUUAUUUGUGCCUUUUCUGAGAGACACAGACCUGAGAGGGAAAAGAUACUGCAAAGAGACCGUGGAGGACAAGAGGCACCUGGGUGUUUUAUCCCCUGCUUCAAAGCCUUCAGGCCUCAUGCAGAUGGAGCCUAAGCGUCCACAGAGUGACUCCCUCCGUAGUUUUCAGACUAAUAAGGACAUCAGGCACUAUCACUCUGACAGAGAGAGCCAGAUAAGAAAGACAAUGAUGACACUGUCCCCACAUUCUGCCUCACUGUAGGGCGGGAUAUUUAUACAUUUGGAACUACAGAUUACAUUUUUUCAUUAAUUCAACAGACGAAAAUACUGUGUUAUAUGUUUAUGACCUCCUUCACACAGAUAUCAUAAUGCAAGUUAAACUACUAAUUUUGCAUUCAUAUGGCAACCUUUGUUCAAUGAUGGUUACACAAUGCUAGACUUGUGUCUACCAUACGUUGCAU